GUCGAAGGCCGCCGGAGAGGCGAAAGACGCGGCCGCGCGGGUAUAAAUUGCGACGUCGCCACAGCUCGUAAUGUACAGCACCGAUCACACCGAUACAUCGUCGAGACCAACACAUAGAGAGAUCGACAUCGAUCGCCUUCUAACUUCUAAGUUGUGAUUGAGAUUUAAAACCGAGAACCAUGGGAGGCGGGCAUGACAUGCACGGCGGCGGCCAGAACGGCGGCGUGAAGGGGCUGGUCUCCAAGCUCGUCGGCGGCGGUGGCCAUGGCGGCGGACACGGCGGCGGACACGGGUACGAGCAAGGCUACGGCGGGCACGGUUACCCUCCCCACGCCGGCGCCGCCCACGGCGCGUACCCUCCUCAGCACGGCGCGUAUCCUCCACAGCACGGCGCCUACCCCGGGCACGGUUACGUGCCGGGAGCCUACCCUUCGAACGCCGCGCCACAUGGAGGGCACAUGGGAUCGUACCACACCGGCCAUGGCGGCGGCGGCGGGCGUCACUACGGCGGCAAGCACAAGGGCGGCAUGUUCGGCGGCGGAAAGUGGAAGUGAAGCGGCUAGCUAGCUCUACGUACACUAUACGUGCCCACCAGCUUUCUGCCCUGCUACACCUACGUAUAAUAUCUGCACGAGUAUGAGUAUCAACCAUGUGGCGUACGCGUAUAUAUACAUACCUAAUUAAGAAAUAAAUAAAGUGCAUGCAGGCAGACAGAUCUGUGUGUAUACAUGAGCUUAAUGAUCAGCUGAUGAGUUGUGCAAAUUAAGCAUGUGGUGACGUAUAUAUACUUUGUGUGUACUGAUAUACGUACACUUUGCAUAAUACUACUUAUAUACUAGCCUCUGUUACGUGU